CGUGACGUAGGCCGUGACGCACGCAUGUUGUGUCUGCGCGGAAGAUGGCUGACUCGGUAGCGGCAGGUCUUGCGGACGAAAAUGAGACCGAAAAUGAGGAUAAAGAGAGGGAGAAACGACUCUUCAGCGGGGUCAGAAAGACGGAGGAGCAAGCUGCCGCGUCAGACCUCACAGAAACUCUGGGAUUUUACGAGAGGAAGGCGAAAUGCAAAGAGAGAAAGAGCAAUGUGUCAGAUCUCUCUCUGGUGAGGUUUAUCAGUGCUGAGUUGACUAGAGGAUAUUUUCUGGAACAUAAUGAGGCCAAAUACACCGAGCGGAGAGAGAAGGUCUACACCUGCCUGCGCAUCCCGAAAGAACUGGAGAAGCUGAUGAUGUUUGGGUUUUUCCUGUGUCUGGAUGUGUUUCUGUACGUGUUCACUCUGCUGCCUCUCAGAGUGUUGCUAGCCUUGAUGCGACUGCUGACACUGCCCUGCUGUGGCCUCAGGGCUAGUAUAUGCCCCUACUGCAAAAAGAGCAGUGGAUCUCGUAUCUUGCAGCCCGCUCAGGUGUGUGAUGUUCUCAAGGGAGUCAUUAUGGUUCUGUGUUAUUUCAUGAUGCAUUAUGUGGAUUAUUCCAUGAUGUACCACAUGAUCCGGGGUCAGUCUGUCAUAAAGCUCUACAUCAUCUACAACAUGCUGGAGGUGGCAGAUCGCUUGUUUUCAUCUUUCGGUCAGGAUAUUCUGGAUGCCUUGUACUGGACUGCCACUGAACCCAAAGAGAGGAAGAGAGCUCAUAUAGGAGUCAUCCCACAUUUCUUCAUGGCUGUUCUCUACGUCUUUCUGCAUGCCAUUCUGAUUAUGGUUCAGGCCACCACACUGAACGUGGCUUUCAAUUCACAUAACAAGUCGCUGCUUACCAUCAUGAUGUCUAAUAAUUUUCUAGAUAAAAAAAAAAGCAUACAAAAAAAAUUAGAAAAAAACAACCUCUUCCAGAUGUCUAAUAGCGACAUUAAAGAAAGAUUUACAAACUACACACUCUUACUAAUCGUCUGUCUCAGAAACAUGGAGCAGUUCUCCUGGAAUCCAGAUCAUCUAUGGGUGUUGUUUCCUGAUGUCUGUAUGGUGAUCGCCUCGAUAACACUCUAUAAACACUAACAAAACAAAACUACAUUCACCAAGUUUAACGACAUCACGGCAGAUGUCUACAGUGAAUACAGAGCAAGCCUGGCAUUUGAUCUGGUCAGCAGCAGACAGAAGAAUGCAUACACAGACUACAGUGACAGUGUGUCUCGGAGGAUGGGCUUCAUUCCUCUUCCUCUUGCACUAGUGUUGAUCCGAGUGGUGACCAGCUCUGUGAAGAUCCAGGGAUCUCUGUCCAUUGUGUGCGUUGUGCUCUUCUACCUGGGUAUGAUCACCCUGAAGGUGCUGAACAGUAUUGUGUUGUUGGGGAAAUCCUGUAUGUACGUGAAAGAGGCCAAUAUGGAGGAGAAGCUGUUUCAGAAUCCUCCCUCUGCAGCUCCCAGCAGAGCGUCAAGCAGAGCCCACCGAACCAAACACACACGAGAACCAGCAGGUGAGCCAGCGGAGGAGGGCUUGUCUGCAUCAGUCACCACUCAGCCCAGCCAAAGUGACGAAUGCCCCGCCCCUCAGAUCCCCACCAGCCAAUCAGAUCAGUUCCUCACCACACCAGAUGAAUCAGAAGAGAAAAGCCUUAUUCAGGACGAUACCGAACUUAAACACAGGGCGCCCAAAAAAGACUUAUUGGAAAUUGACCGCUUUACUAUCUGCGGUAACCGCAUCGACUGACAUUGAUGUGUGUGAGAGUGACGCCAGGUUUGCACUGAAUGCCCGCCCUCUCUGCUGGCUUGAUUUGUUUGACAUUUGAGCUCGUUGGAUUGGGACAGCGAGAAACUGCAGGAUAUUUAUUAAUAAGCGAUGCACCUAAUUUAUUUAAGACUUAAACACAGACAGUCACACACAGUUCUACCCAUCUGGAAUCCCCCCAGUGAAGGUUUCAAGAGGUUGGAGACCACCAGCGGGGGUCACCUUUGGACGAUGGUCACUGUGCUUACCUUUCAAAGGAGGCAUCGAAUGAAGAAGAUGAGAAAAGGGAUGGAUUGCAUUCCGAAAUUACAGAUUCUGAAGAUUUCAUACGUGUGUGGAACAAAAUAGGAUGCAAAUAAUCCAAAAAUGUAGUGCAGUGCAGUGCUCCAGAACAAAUGUCCAAAAAUCUUAGUUUCGUUUUUCUCUAUUUGCAAGUGUCCCUACAAUUCUCAAAUUCCCUCAAAGACUUUUAGUUUGAAAUAUCACCAUGUUCAUUGUCAGUCAGGACUGAAAUGCAAUUACAGAUGUGUUACGCAGAAUUAUUAUUAUUAUUAUUUUUUGAGACAGCAGGCUAAAAUACCAUAUCACAUGUUUAUUUAUUUACGUUUUUAAGACAGUUGCUCAUUUAUGACUAAAUUUCAGUUUAAAGACCGGGUUACCAAUGACAGUUUUUUAUUUUAUUUUAUUUUUUUUUGCAUCGUUUGAGGAAAUGACCUUUUAAAAGGUCAUUGUGAGUAAGUGACACUGCGAUGAAACGCAUGCCUGUGAUAUUUGGAUUGAUUCAAGCGCUGCAUCUGAAUGAAAGGAUCAUUGAUUAAUGCAAGACUUCAGUAUAAACUAUAAAUAUAAACUUAAGUAGCGCAAUGUGUUUUGCCAGCUAAAAUGAAGGAAUGAAAUAUUUUCCAUUUAAGGAUUUUCCCCCGCAAGCGUUUAUUGCACAGAGUAGUGUAUCAGAUGAACGGUCAUACAUUGAUGCUGAUGUUGGAAGAAGAUUCUAAAUCGUAAAUUACCAACAUUCCAAACGUCAGAAUCUUGACCAAAGCAAAGCUGAAUUUACAGCCCUUUGCUAAUAUCUUGAGUUUUUACAGGUCAGUGCACAUCAGAAUCCAGUAGUGUAAGCUAGUAACAAUGAGUCAAAGUUUCUGAAUAACCAGCAUCAGUGAAUGCCCAUGAUCAGUAAUAAUGCAUCAUAUAUAGUGCGUUAUCAUCAUAGACAAUAAUGUUUUGUACAUUUGAUUUGCAUAACAGAUCACGCUGUCUUAAAAAACAUACUUUUUGUGAACCACUGAUGUCUCUUUGUAGUGCUGGAGGUCAGAGUUUAAGUUUUUGUUUUCUCUCUCGGUAAUGACAGCAUGUUUUGUAUUUCUGUUUAUUUUUUUUUGACUGCUUUUGGAAUUUAUAUUUCUUGUGUUACAAAUGUGUGGCUAUAAUUGCUGUGUUUUGUAAUAUCAUCAUGGUGGCAUUCAGUCUGACAAUUCACACUCAAGUCAUCAUGUCGACAAGGUGCUCUGUUUUUCUCAAAAAAAAAAAAUAAUAAAAUUAAUAAUCAUUUAGGAAAAUUAUUACGUGAAAAUAUCAACUAUGCCAAGGAAUUGUUUACCCUCAGUUCUCAAACUAAUGCAAACUUUUCAGAAGCAUUCACUUGACUUAAACUGCCAAAAUGAUAUCAGCGAGCAUUUCUCAUUGUUUUUACAUUUGAAACACUGAUGUUAGAAAUACUUCUGCUUAUUUUUGAAAGAAAGAGAGCAUUUUAAGCAAAUGUUUGGUUCUGUUGUGCUUUUCGGUGUAAUUGCCUAUGCUUUCCCAUACGUUCAGUCACCUUUUGGCUCUUGAAAUAAGUCUGAAGUUUGGCUGUGCUGGAUAAGGAUCAGUACUCAAAAGGAUGUUUUUGCUUGAUUGAACCUUUCUAAUUCAUUCUCGUAUCCAUUUAUUUGGAAAUACAUUAAGAUCCAGCCAUCCCAGUUCUUUCCACACUGCUGUUUUCUCUCACUGGUCAAUAUCAGUUUGUUGUUUUCGGUGUGUUUUUGUACCCAUAUUGGCUUCAGCCUCUAGAAACUGAAGAGGAAUGACGAUGUCAAAUCCCUUGUAUAUGGGAUGCUUCAGAGACAGAAUUGGGGAGAGGAAUCAGGGCAUUGUGUUAAUUAAAGUUUUGUUGUUUUGUA